UGUUUUCUGUGUCAAAAAGCAGCAGCUUUCAAAUCAAAAGCAUAAAAAACUCAGUUCAGCACACAAUUUGGACACUUAUAUUACCAAAAUUUCUGUUAUAAAUUAUUGUUAAAAAAUUAUUCAGUUAAAACAUGUUCAAAAUACGCAGUUUAGCGCUCAUGAAACUGAGUGAAGGCGUUUUCGGUCCGAGACUAAUGGCUAAAUCGUCGAAGGAUUCGGGCAAGGAUUCCUGCAAGGGUGCCGAUUCCAAAAAGAAGAAAGACAAGAAGAAGAAGGAUAUGUGUGGCAGAACUGUUGUUCCCACUUCACCACGUUGCAAAAACAAACCCGGCGGCGCAGACAAAUCCAAAGAUGAGUGCAAGAAAAAGUAAAUCAAUUAGCCUCUUUAACAAAAUCACAGCAGGCCCUUAAAAAAACUUCAAGCUGCUUUGGCACAAGUCUAAAUUAAAGUUAAAAAACAGAACAUGUCCCGACUUUUGCUGCAGUGCCGCAGAACUUUGCUGAUCCUGCGCCAUCAAACGGCGGUGGAAAAUGAGAAAGGACUCUUUGGCAAGCUGCUGGGAAAGUGUCAGUCCUUCGGCAAGGAGGAAAAGGAUCUUGGCCAGCAGGAGGAGGAGGAAUCAAAGAGGUCUUAGUUCGCAUCAGAAGCUACCCCCUACCCAUUGAAGAUCAUAUAAUGGGCAGCAAAUUACCAUAUUGUUGCAGGGAGCCCCAGAUGAAUCGGGUCCAUUUUACGGGCAGCUCAUAAAACGGAACAUUAUAAAGCCAUAAAGCAUCAACUAAAAUCGGGCAAAAAUAGCUUUGGAGGAGCACAGGCGAUGGCCAGACUUAGACAAGUGAUACAGCAUCCAUUUCCCUGGUCGGUUUACGAUGUCUGAAAAUGCCAGGCAUCGGAAUUCGAUGGCGAGGGGGGAAAGGACAGGAAUGACCAGCAGCGAGAUGUAUCUAAAUUUUAAGCGAACCAAAUUGUUAGAUAAAAGCAGCCGUUUCUCAUUGAA